AUGGAUAGAAAGCGCAAAGCCACCAAUGAGUUGCCUAAUGAAUCGCGCCGAAUUCCUGGGUACAAUAUCAGUAACAGAUGCCAUCUCGACCUGGGUCGCCAUGCCAGUCAGGGAAGUACCUCAGUGUCUGACCAGAAUCUUGUGCCCGGGCACGAUAGAAUUCUAUGUGAGACAAACCUAGAACUUGUCAACUCCCAGCAGGUACAAACGUAUACCCAACCUUCUUACCCCUCUAAGCUUGAUGCUCGAGAAUUUGUAUCCGCAAGAACAUCAAGCUCUAUCCACGAGAAUAGUUGCAUCCACUCCAGCUCGAAGGUAGCCAGGGUAUCAAGUUCCAGUCACCCGGCUAUGUAUUCAACAGGCCACCACAGGACGCCAACGAGCAACGGUAACGAAACUCGCAGUUCUCACCAAGCCAACCUUCUAGGUCAUCAAUAUCGACAUCUCGGUCAGACUGCCGGCACCCGAGAAUACCACUCAGCUACGAGCUCUAUGUCGCAGUAUCGUGAACUCCAGGCUGGAUUUAUGGUCUCUAUGGGUCUGUCAUACUCAAUGCGGAGAUACCUCGAGAAAAAUUCUCAAUCUCACGAAACCAAUAGGGCCCUAGAAGAUAUCAAUCGAUAUUUCCCUCAACGAGUUCCUUCAAACGGCUUCAUAGACCCAACUAUUAAUGAUUAUGAGUGUGAAGGUCAGCAGAUGAGUGUGAAUUCAGGGACUUGGUUUGAGAAACAAGGACAGUAA